AUGGUGAAGACGACGAAGGGAGGCAAAGUUAUGAACCCUACGGAUGCCUACCGUAAGGAGCUCCGUAAGAAGGAAUUGAAACGGAAUAAGAAAGAAAGAAAGAAGGUGAGAGAGGUUGGCAUUUUGAAAAAAGAUCCCGAUGUCAUCAAGGAUCAGAUACAUAAGCUGGAAAGCAUGAAGGCUGAUGGUGCAUUGGACAAAGCAAGAAAGCACAAGAAAAGGCAACUUGAGGAUACACUUACUCUUGUAAUGAAGAAGAGAAAGGAAUAUAACGACAAAAUGAAGGAGAAGGGCGAGACUCCUGUUAUGUUCAGUCAUUUGGGACCUCCUCGACGGAGAACGUCUGCAGAAGAGGAAGAGAGAGCUAAGCACCCGCAGCCUGAGGACUCUGUGUACUACCAUCCUACCUUAAAUCCCACCGGGGCUCCACCACCUGGAAAACCUCCCAUGUACAAAUCAUCUAUAGGUCCUCGGAUUCCGUUGUCUGCUGGGUCAACCUCUGGUGCAUCAUCUUCAAAGACAGAGUCAGAGGAUGGUGCUGUGGGAGUACCACCACUUCCAUUGCCUCCGCCUCCUCCAUUGCCAGAAUCGGCUGAUAUGGAUAUAGGGGAUGGUUCUCUGGUAUCUACCACAUCUAUGCCUCUAGCGCCGCCUCCUCCACAACCUCCUGCACCAAGCAUGGGUAUGUCAUUGCCUCCUCUACCUUUGCCACCACCACCUCCUGGUCCACCCCCGACAGAAGACCAAGUUACAAGUUUUGCAUCAUUUCAACCGCCCCCUCCUGGCACCAAUAAUGAAAAUGAGAAAGAUUCAUCCACAUUGGCAGGUGACUCUUCAUCAAGGGAGACUGUUUCGGUGCCCAUUCUCCAGCCUCCACCUCCACCUCCACCUGGAAUGCCUAUGAAGUUGACCAGCAAUCAGUUUGAAGUCGAUAAUUCAUCUGAAUCUGAUCCCGGUAUUCCGCCAUCAGCCAUGGAUGGCACAAAAAUGGUUCCUCCUCCGCCUCCACCUAGGCAACAGCCCCUACUGCCUGGACCACCACCCAUGAUCCAAAGCAUGCAGCCUGAUUUACUACCACCUUCAAUGGGAAGAUUCCCACCACCUCCGCCUCCCCCUCCACCAGGUAUGCGGCCACAUCUAGCAGUUCCUGGGCUUUCUGGCCCUCCAGUAGGGAUGGUCCCAAUGAUUCCAAGACCACCGUAUGGUCCUCCACCUGGACCUCCCCCAAUGAUGAGGCCACCACUGCCUCCAGGCCCUCCUCCUGGUAUGAUGGUAGAACACGACAUAGGUAGUAGGUUUGUUGCUCCCCAAAAACCAUCUUAUGUCAAAUCUGCUGCAUCUACUGUUGUGAAAAGGCCGCUGGCACAGCACACCCCGGAACUUACAGCCAUGGUUCCUGCAUCGGUGAGAGUCAGGAGAGAAACAGCUGCAGGCGCAAAACCGAAGCCAAAGGCGAUGCCCUCAGCUGUUACAAUGUCGACGAGGCCUGUGGUUUCUGCUGUAUUUAAGCCUGAACCACCUUCGUCAUCAGCAGCUGUUGGGCCUAAAGGCAAGAGCGUUGAUGACUCGUACUCGGCCUUUUUGGAAGACAUGAAGGCACUUGGCGCACUUGAUAGUUGA